UGCUCUACUCCCCAGUCCCCAGACCCCAGUCCCCCACUCGGACCUGGGGGGCAUCGCACCGAGGACGACCUCACGCUGGGGCGGGCCUUGGUAUAUUCCUUCUCCUCCCUGCUCGGUUUAGCACGCCCGCUUCCAGCACGCAUCCUCCCCUCCUCCCGUCUCAAGGGAUAGCAGGGUGCAGCGGCUCGAAGCUGGAGGAAGCGGACGGGUUCGCCAUGGGGUCCGAGGGAUCCUCGGGUCCAGUUGUCGUUCCCAGAAACUUUAGGCUGCUAGAAGAACUAGAACGUGGUGAGAAGGGCAUUGGUGAUGGAACUGUGAGCUAUGGGAUGGACGAUGCUGAUGACAUAUUUAUGCGGUCCUGGACAGGAACUAUCAUUGGUCCUCCCAACACUGUUCACGAGGGACGAAUCUAUCAGUUAAAGCUGUUUUGUGAUACAGAUUAUCCAGAUAAACCACCGACUGUCCGAUUCCAGACUCGGAUCAAUAUGACAUGUGUGAACCAAGAAACUGGAUUGGUUGAACCAAGUCUAUUUCCUAUGCUUGGAAAGUGGGAAAGGGAACAUACGAUGGAGGACAUUCUGACCAGCUUAAAAAGGGAGAUGUCAACUCCACAGAAUCGCAGGCUGUACCAACCUCAUGAAGGCAAUGAAGACCAAAGAGUAGAGCAGAAAGGGGUGUCUCUUAGAUGUGUCAUCAUGUAAUCUAUGUGCGUUGCAAUGUACAGCAUUAUUGAAUUGAGCAGCGAGAUGCCGAGGUGAGAGACCCUCUCAGGAAAUCAUGUGGUUCGCCUUAAUGUUAAUGGUGCCACCAUCGCAAUAAAAGCGUCGAUGAUUGUUAAAGUGCCUGCACACCAUGUAACGUGUAACCCAGUUCGUUCAGAUUCUGUGAAAGACAACGAGUUCAGUGUCUGUUUGUUAAGGGCUGGCUCUAGGCCUGGUU